AUGCAGCUUAGUUGUUCCGUUGUUCAAGAUAUGGCAGAGGUUAAGAUGUCAUCUCCGGUCGCUUCUUCUCCAUCUCCUCCUGUUUCUGGACAUUUUGAUGACAUGGAGGACCUGUCACAUAGUCCAUCGCCUCUUUAUAGAGGACCCAAUGACCAUUUAUCCCCACCAAGGGGCCCUGAAAAAUAUUAUGGGUCAAAUGUUUCCAAAUCAUGUAUAUCAUUUUCAGUGGACUAUCUCUUGGCCGAUAAAAGCAGAACGUUUAGACGGAGUCCCUCUCCGCCAACCCGUCGGCCUGUAGAACAAUUACAUAAACGUUUCACUGUAGAUGGUAUUUUGGACUCUGCUGAAGACAGUAAAAGGUUACCGGUGACUGGUACUGUAUGUACUGGACUAGGGUCUCGGCCUAUUGCUCUGCAGUCCCAAGCAGCAACAGUUCCCAUCGCUGCGCCUUGUUGGGCACAUCCUCUAGGGUCUGCUUUUCCUUGGCUUCAAGGUUCUAGAUCAUUAUCCCCACAAAACAAAUCCGGCGAACCUCCCAAAUUGCCCCCGAUGAAGUGCCAACUCCGGAAGCACAAAAGCAACCGAAAACCAAGAACCCCUUUCACGACCCAGCAGCUGCUGGCGCUUGAAAGGAAAUUUCGAUCAAAACAAUAUUUGUCUAUCGCCGAAAGAGCAGAGUUCUCCUCUUCUUUGAACUUGACUGAGACGCAAGUGAAAAUCUGGUUCCAGAAUCGUCGGGCAAAAGAAAAGAGGCUAAAAGAAGCAGAAAUUGAAAAACUUCGCAUGGCUACUCGUCCUUUGUUACCGUCCUUUGGAUUCGGAAUGACCGCUGCUGGUGCGUCGCAUUUUUUGCCUGGUGUACCAGCUCAUUUUGGUGCAUCUAUCACCAGGCCCCUCCUUGGACCACUAAUGACUCCUUAUCCAAUUUAUUCCUCCCCAUCUACGGUAUGUCCCCAAUGACUAUGCUAAACACUAGACAGUUCCUAGUGAUGCAACCUUGAAAAGCUUGAGAGGCCUUUGGAUCCAACAGCCAGUAACUUUCUUCUCUAAGUCCAGUAGAUAGUUCCUGGUGUCUCAGAGACAAUAGGUCUUUCGAAUUCCUGUGACAGUGAAUUUCAUCUGCAAGAUCAGUAGACAAUUCUUGAUAUUCAACUAUGAAAACGUUGAUAGACAACAGACAUUGAAGACUUUGUCUAAUGUUCCUGUUAAGCACAUUUGAUAAAGCAAAUAUCUCACUACCCUACUGAUGGGCUCAUUUAUUAUAAAAAUAAGAACAUUUAAGAAUUUCAAAUGAAUGAGACAUUUUUUUUUUGUAAAAAUAUAAGCUAUAAGGCAUCUCCAAUAUUUCAAACAUCUACUGAAUGAGUCUUAACUGCCUCAAAAUGCAACUCCAAUUAAUUUUUUUGCUGUAUUAUUGUAGAUAUUGUGAUAAAAUUGGUUGUAAAAAUUUAAAGAAAAGGGACUCGAAGUUCAAAAAUAAAGUUACUGCACAUCCUCAUCCUUUAAUAGCCUAGCAAAAAUUUGAAUUCAUCUGAGCCCGAUUCAUUAAAUUAUUUUGUAACCUAUUUCCACCAGAACAAUUGCCAU